GAGGGUUUAGUGAAAUAUCUUUUAUAGACAUCCAUGGUUCUAAACAGUUUCUUCAACCGUUUUUAACUAUGAAGGAACAGAUCGUAACGUUAUAACUAUUGUAAAAUGCUGCCAAAAGCAAAUUUUACGUAUUGGAAUCUAAAGGACACGCAGGGAGCCAAUCCCUUUGCAGAGUACGGAGACUAUUGUGGAGUGGAUCUUAUAGCCAAUAACAAUGGCGAUGGGGAAGCUUUUGUAGCACGUGCACAGAAGGAGCACUGCACCGUAAAAAGACUAGUAGCAAAGACAUGUAUCCGGCCUAUCCUGUCUCUGCCGCCAACUACAGACAGCUUCACAAUUAAAGAAAUAAUAAAUGCCGGCAAGCGGCAAAAGUCGAUCGAGGAAAACGAGAAAAGGUCGUCAAAGUUACUAAAGACACCAUGCUCCAAGGGGCAGGACUCGCAAUUCUCGCGACUGGAGAAGAUCGAGGCUCGUCUUAGCGAUCCUGACAAGGUCUGGUUCACGAAGGAAGAUGUGAAGAACUUACGCGUUCCAGGCUGGCUGACCAAACUCAAAGACGAGAAUGACAAACUUGCUCCGUAUCUCGCUGAACUCGACAGGUGGCGCCACGCCAGCAACUGCAUAGAUUACCUGCACCCGCACGCAGACACCGACGCCUCAGGCGCACUUGUCUACCUCUCGGGGCCGCUGUUUGAUGCGGUGUCCAUCACUAGCGUAACUCACGGCAACGGCGAGCGGUUACGUCCGACGACGACGACAUCGCUAACUCUUGGGCCACUGCACGGCAUUGCGAGUAGCCGAUGCCAAGAUCACAGGUAUGUCGUCGUGCUUCACAGAGAGGCCGUGUCCAUGAUCCCGGUCAUCGACGAUGUAGGGGGCGCUCCUGUGUUACCGACGUUCGUGGGAGACGUUUGGAAUCUUGCUUGUGAAGAGCGCCCCCUGUCGGCAGUGGCGAGUCCAUACGUCGUAGGCGAUUGCAUCGUUGCGCUCGCGUCGGGAACGUUGAAGAGCUGGAACGCGGACGCGGGUCGGUGCGGCGUCGUUUGUCGGGAUCGCGAGCCGCGCUUUACGUGCAGCGACAUCUGGUGGCAGGUGGAGUACGGCGGACACCCUCAGCGGUACGUGCUUGCGGACAGGACGGGUGUUGAGAUGAUCGAUGCGAGAACGCGCGGCGGUGGCGGCGGAGCGUUGUUUGUGCUGCCGACGCCGUAUCUGCAGCACCACGAGCGCGUGCGGGCGAUGAAACCCCUCGCACUCUUUGCGCAUGCCGUCGCCACCGACCACAGUCUGUUCGUCGUCGAUGAGCGAUUCCCGGGAUAUCCGAUGAUUGAGUGGGGGCACUCGCUGGCCACUCAGCCACGGUACAUCAACGUUCUUCCGUGGCACGGCGGCAUUGAAAGCGACGAUGAUAACGCCAUCCUGCUAGGGGGCCAGAGCCCGGCUCCCCCGUUUAUGUUCCACAUGACAGCAGUCCCCGGCGAAGCUCCUCAAAGUUUACUCCCGCCUUGGAUGAUCGCUCCCAUCUCGGACGGAUCGCACGGAGCUCAGCGAGCUGGGUUCUUCACUGAACGUAAUGUCCUAGACCGGCUUGAAAAGGCACCUAUCAUCGGCGCUUGCCUUGUCCCUUAUUCUAAGGACGGUUUCUCGGUCGUGCAAUACUCGCUGUACGGCGACGCGUUCUAUCAGACGUACGCGACUUCCGAGGACGUGAACGCGGACGUCACUUGCCGGCUGCGUGAGGGAUUCGGCGAUCCGCAGCUCACUGACGACGUCGUUGACGAGUACAGGGAAUGGUGUUGCUUGGUGGAGAUGCAGUUAAUGGAGAGCGGGUGCGUGAAGGAGCUAACUAACACUGUCCACGUCGACACCUCGCUACUACUGGCCGAAUUCGUGCACACGUCGGCCGCAAACGAGCGAUGCCACCUCUGCAAUGCACACGUGGCGAAGGCCGAAUCCUGGUUGCCCGGCGACACGACCUGUCCCCGAUGCGGUGUACGCGUAAACGAAUCUGGGAAGCUGUGCGCGAUGGCAUCAGAGGGGACGUUUCCACAGAUGGAGGAGCCAGCGGAGUGCGAGCUGUUGCGGGAGCUGGAGUCGCUUGGUCGCCGUGACGAUUCAAAGGAUUCCUACAGUGUGCGGCUAGCUGAGCUGUGGGACGAAGCCACACCUGUUGAUGGUGAUGAGGAAGGGGAAGAGGAGGUUGCUAUGCCGUCAGUGUUGGGCGAUGCCAUCUCAAACACACUGCCCAAGGAACCACCUGGUCAUGAUCAUGUGGAAGAGCUGCUGGCAUUAAUGAGGGGCACGGCUAGUAUGGGAGGAGAAGCAGAGCAGGAUAUGCAGGAGACAGAAGGAAGCCACUUCUUCGAGUUCUAGAGAUGCGCAGCGACUGGGUAACAAAGGUCGCGUGGGGCGGAGCCGCGCCGUUGACUGCGGCGCCGGAAUCGGACGCAUCACCAAGCAGCUGCUCGUGC